CAAAAGUGAUAGAAAAUAUUGGAUUCUGACAACGAAGGAUUUUUGACGUUCCUUUAGGACUGUGACAACAAGAUAGAAAUUGGAAGUAAACAUCACUCUGGAAUUAAUAAGCUGAAAAUUUGGGCUGAUUCCUAAGCGAGGAGAUGAUUCGCACAUAUCGUAUCCGAUGAGAAGCUGAAAGAACCCCCUCCACACACUCCUCAUUGAUUUUGAUUCCAACUGAUUCCAAUGGGAGGAUGUUAUUUGCACUAUGAAUCCUGCUGAUGAGAAAGAAGUUGAAAAACUGCAACGAGAAAAAAGAAAAGCAGAAAGGAAUAAUAACCUGAGGGAAGUAGCUGUGUUGUGUAAUUGCAUUGGAGAGAUAUUAGCUAAAAGUGCCAGGUAUGAGGAAGCCAUUGUAGAGCAUGAGGCUGAGCUCGCCAUCCAUGAAGCUCUCCAUGACCGAAUUGGAUGUGCUGUAGCAUGUCGUAAGGUUGGAGAAUGCUACUGCGGACAGGAGAGGUAUGAGGAGGCGCUACAGCUUCAGCAGCGCCAUCUCAACCUUGCAAAGUCCUGUCAGAACCUACUGGAGGAGCAGAGGGCAUGGGCCACCAUUGGCAGAACAUAUUUGUUUCAGAUUGAAACGUCAAAAGGGAAAAGUGUGAGAGAAGGGUCCAUCAAACGUGCUAAGGAUGCAUUCUUCAAGAGUUUGGAGGUGUGUGAAAAACUCAAGAGCUCUGUUCAAAAUGUGGAGUACAUGGAGAUGAAGGCGAGAUUGUACCUCAAUCUUGGUCUAGUGUUUGACAGCUCCGGUGAUCUCCAGCAAUGUGCAGAGUUCAUGAAGAAAGCUAUCAGUAUAUCACAAAAGCACAGCCUGCAUAGUGAUUUGUAUCGAUGCCAGGUCUCGUUAGCUAGCAUGUACCAAAGGGGAGGUAACCUCAGCCAAGCCCAGCGCUAUCUGGAGGCCGCACACAAGUCUGCCAUAAAACUCAAGGAUAAAUCUCUGGAGAGUGAAGUCUUUUCACAAAAAGCUAUAAUAAGUUUGUUAUUGGGAGACUACAACAGCAGUAAACAUGCAUUAAAGAAAACCUACAAGCUUGGAGCUCUGACACAGGAGGAGAAAGACAGGAUUUUCAGGAUAUUCAAAGCAGUGUCCAAAAUGGAAGAUGCUUCAUUGUCACUAAGUGAUUUGCCUGAAGGAGAACCUGUUAAGAAGCUAAAACUGUAUGAAACAAUGGGGGACUGCUCUGCUGAAAUUGGAAACUUCAAGCAAGCAUUGGAGUAUUACUCCUCAAUGUUGACCUGUGCAGAAGCCAUGCAGAAACCUAAGAAGGAGAUGAUCCCGAUUUACGUGUCUCUUGCCCAGACGUAUGCCGAUGAUAAACAGUUCACGCAGGCCAUAGAGUACUAUAACAGAGAACUGAUGUGUCGCAAGGAUGACCAGGAGCAGAUGUGUCGAACGUGGAUCAACAUAGCUGAAUGUCAGGAACAGAGAGGAGAUAAAUAUGAUGUUGUCAGCGAUUCUCUAGUCAAAGGCUUUCAUUGUGCAAAAGAUGCUAAACAUCGUAAACUACAGGUGUUUGUCCUGAAGUCUCUGGUUGAGGUCCAGAAAGCAUAUAAACAGUCCACCAAACAAAUAGAAGAAAAGUGUCGUCGGUUGAAGGACAAGUACAAUGUGACUAGUGACGAUGAGCUGUCGGAGGAAGAGCGUGACUCACAAAGGUCUGAUGAUACGGAGGAUGACGGCAACCUUAGCAUCGAUGACUUGACCGAAUCAGAGCAUAGUUCCAGCGAUGAAGAAAAUAUUGUAAAGAGGGUAACAGUGCCAGUCCGUGGUGUAGCCAAGAGACUGACAACAAAGAGAAACGAAAAGGGUGAAACUGCCUUACACAAAGCUUGCAUAUCAGGAAAUCUGAAAAAAGUGAAAAAGCUUAUUGAGCAGGGUCACCCUGUCAAUCCACGGGAUUACUGUGGGUGGAUUCCGCUCCACGAGGCAGCCAACCAUGACCAUAGUGAGAUUGUAAGCUAUCUGUUGGAGCAUGGAGCAGCAGUCAAUGACCGCGGGGGUCAGCACUGUGGAGGGGUCACCCCGCUCAUAGAUGCAGCCAACUGUGGCAACCUGGAUGUGAUGAGAGUCUUGAUUGAUCACAAGGCCAACGAACUGGCCAAGGAUGAUGAGGGUAACACAGCUCUGUCCUGUCUGAGGCAGUGGAGGGAGAGAUGUGAAGAUGCUUUGGAGAGCCAUGUACUGAAGACUUAUGAGGAGCUACACAGAUUGCUGAGUUCACCUGCCCGUGGAGGGCCAGCAGCCAGCAGAUCUCCAGAGGUCUUAUCGUCCCAGUUAUCUCUCCUGUCGAGGAGGGCCAAGGGUGUAGAUAAUACUUCACCAGACAUUGGUUCCCUCACCAGACCUGUCAGGGCCAGAACGAAAAAGAGCCUCAGUAUGAGGAGAACUAUGUCUUCUGAUGAGUCUGGUGAUAGUGAUACAGAAAAUAUUGCAAGAAAAAAGAUGCCGUCCCCAGCACCACCACUAGUAGAUGAUGAUGAUGAUAGUGAGGAGCUGUACCCUAACCCUUUAUCACCAGUAACUCCGGUAACCUCCAAUGCCACCCAGUCCUACAGACAGGCCAUCCAUCAGAUAGGAAGUAGUGCCAGGCGGCGUAAGGCAUCACAUCAGUCCAGUCACGCCACAAAGUCACACCACAGCAACAGUACUGCUGCCCUAAUAUCCGCAGAGGAAUUCGUUGAUGAUGAUUGGUUGAUAGAUGAUCUUCAGCCAAUGAAACGAAGGAGGAUCGAUGUAGGAAAUGUAUUUUCAACAUCUGGUAUAAGAAACAAGAGCUCACAAAAGGAGAAAAGAAACGUUAUAAACUCUGACAGUGAAAGUGACGAGGAGACGACAGUGGAAAAUGCUGAUUUACUAAUGGAUACCGGGCUGAUUGGUUCACAAAACACGAGCAAUGACAAUGGUGUUAGUGACAAUACAAACCUGGAGAGUGAUACUGAAGACAUAAUGCUGCUAAAUGAGGAGGAGUAUGUCUCUGAUGACUUACCUCCCCUUACUUUGAGAACUUCAAGGUCUAGUAGACCUAAUAUUCUGUCACAGGUAUCUAUACCGGGUCUGUCCACACCCAAUGUGACAGACGUACGUGGCAUGACCAGUAAACCAAGACAGAUGAGGAUGACUCAGUUUGCGAUCAGACAGCCAGACAGCUCACAAUCCAGCCUGCCAUCAGAGCCUCUCUCCCAGACCAGUGGGGUCAGUUCGAAUUUGGCAUCAACUGCAGCAGUAGGUCAGGUUAUGAGGGUCAAGGUCAGAGUCAAGGACAAACUCCUACUGGUACCAGCUCCUAAUGGUGGCGAGGGUAAGACUAUUGGAUGGCUGGCCCACGAGUCGUCUCAGAGGUACUAUAGUCUAUGUGGUCUACGGCCCUUCCUCACGCUCACAACAAAGGAUGGGGCUUUCCUUGCACCUGAUGACCCAAUCAGUCUCGUCUUGUCAGCAGAUGAGGAGGUCCAAGCUAGUGUAGACAGCUGGGACAUGCCCCCUCUGUCACAGCGGUACGACCAGGCCUGUAGAACUCUUCACACAGUGAGCUACAGGAAUGUCAGAACCAUCCUACAGGGCUGUGACACAAGUGGUAACCUGGAACUGCAGAAUUUGGCGUUGAGACCUGCUCAAGUCAUCCCAGUUUUCAGAGCAAUACAGUGUCAGUCUAACCUCAAGGACCUCAAUCUUACUGGUAACAGAGUUGGAGACACUGGACUGGAGGGACUUCUGAAUGUGCUGGGUUCCCUUCCCAAUCUUACAUCAUUGUUUCUGGCUGGAAACAGAAUCACCAGUGUAGCAGUCAAACAGUUGGGAGACACACUGACAGGUGCUGUGUCUACUGGGGCCGUUCUACAGAAUCUGAGUUGCCUGGACCUGAGCCACAAUUCCUUGGGAGACUCCAGUUGUCAGUAUCUAGCCACCGUCGUAGCAUGUCUACCCAGCAUCACCAACCUUAACCUUUCGUCAUGUGACCUCAGUGCCAAGUUCUUCCAGCAGCAUCGGGUCAAGUUGGCAACGGCCCUUCAGAAAUGUGACCUCCAGUGUGUCGACGUGUCCUGUAACAAGUUUGGCGCCCUGGGUAUAGAGCUGCUCCUGAUGAGUCUCAAUGCUGCCAGGCUUAUCCAGCUAAAUGUAGCAGGCAACAUGACGACUGCCAGUGCAUCCUCGCAUCUACUGCUGCACCUGCAGAAUUACCUCUCUCAGGAGAAUUGUGCCCUAGAAGAGUUGGAUAUUUCAAGUUCUCAUAUAUGUUCUGAAGAUUUAGACUUCAUUGUGAGGAUACUGGAAUCUGGAAAAUACCUUAAGGAUUUGAGACUUUCUGGGAAUUCCAAAUUGACUAAUUCAGUUGUACGUCGCAUUCUGGAGAAGUCGGGUCAGAAUGACACCAAAUUGGACCAAUUAAGUGUGGAAGGGUGUGGCCUCAAGUCUCCAUUGGAUACCCCCUUCCUUGAUGCUGUAUCUGAUAAGCUGGCCACCUCCCACCCACUCCGUAGCCUGAGUUUUACUUGUAUAGGUUUAGACAAGGUAGACAUUGAUAGCCUGAGUCAGAUCUGGUUGGAACAGUGGAAAGACAUUGGUCAAGUGGAUGUCACUGAUUUGUCAGUGAAACUUCAGGUGUUAGACAUGUGAAAGAUUUCUGUGUAGGAUAUAUACCAUUCAUUUGAAGGGUCAGGACAUUUUGUUGUUUUCAUUUUGUAUAUGUGAUACUGUAUGUAUGUGUGAUACUGUAUGUAUGUGUGAUACUGUAUGUGGGUGUGAUACUGUAUGCAUGUGUGAUACUGUAUGCCGGGAAACUUUCACUAAGUUAAAUUUUUGCCCUUCACUGAAAGAAUCCGUUUUCGCUCUUCACAUGUUACUAAGUAUGCAUAGUAUGUUGUGUACUUUUCCCUGUCCUGAUAAAUUGGUCUCCAUUCCGUUGGGCGAAAACAGGAAAUGAAACUGUGGCGAAAAUUUUCUUAUACACAAUAAUUGACCGGAGUUAAAAGUCAUCUACAGUGUCAUAAGUUUUUUCAGGUUUUCAUGAAUUCAUGUUUUAAACUUUGCAUAUAUCAAUGUUACUUAAGUUACAUCAUCACACACAAAAUUUGAAUGAUUAACCUGGAUUUUUUCGUACUUUGUAGCAUGCCCCUCAUCAGUUGCCCUUAUCUUGGCAGUUUGGAGUGAAGUGCGUUUAUGGAGUGAGAGACAUACAUAUAUGUUGUACAGCUUCAAUAAGUUCCUGUCGUGUUUUGAUGUUGUCUUGCACUUCGUUGUAGACAAGUGUAAAUUUUUCUCCACAGAUUUUGAGACAUAAAAAAUGAUAAUUAUAUCAGGAGGUUGUGAAGGGCAUGGUAAACAAUAUAGUUUUCAGUUUUCCAUUGCUGAGCCAUCACAGACAUGUGGGCAGGGUGAUUGUCAUCCUGAAAUAUCCAGGGUUUGCUUUUAAGAUCUUCUGCUACAACUUGCCAAAAUUACUGAUCCAACAAUACAAUAUAAUUAUUAGUAAUAAGAUUUUCUCCAAUGUAAGGCAAACUCUUGGUUCCCGAUGCACAAAGACAACCCCAAAACGAGACAGUCACUCACGCAUUACCACAACUUGACGAACAUACACUUAGACACUUUGGCCGCAACUUUUAAGAACUUGACAUUCCAGAAGUCUUUUACAGAUUGUAAUCAAAUUGUUCAAAGAGUAUACGACGUACUUGCGAUCAUAGUUUACGAAACGAAACAGCACCUGGUCUUCUUGUUCCCUUGUAAUUUUCCUCCUCCUAGUUCCUGUCUUGUUUCUGCUUGGUGAAAGCUCUUCAAAAACUUUGAGUGUUGACGUGUGCUAUGUCAUAAAAACCAGCCCCCAUGUGCCAUUAACAUGUAUGGGAGACAUAUCUCUGGGUCAGUACCUCUAAAUUUUGGGUGCUGGCUUGAGGUGGUAAUUUGACUAUGCCGACGAAAAAUGAUUUACAUGUCUGGGUUUUAGUCAUUCAUUUAUCUAUCAGAAUAUCAGACAUGUGAAUCACUAUAACAGUGAUGUUGGUUCAUUUAUCUAUCAGAAUAUCAGAUAUGUGAAUCCCUUUAACAGUGAUGUUGGUUCAUUUGUCUAUCAGAAUAUCAGACAUGUGAAUCACUAUAACAGUGAUGUUGAUUCAUUUGUCUAUCAGAAUAUCAGCCAUGUGAAUCACUUUAACAGUGAUGUUGAUUCAUUUAUCUAUCAGAAUAUCAGACAUGUGAAUCACUAUAACAGUGAUGUUGAUUCAUUUGUCUAUCAGAAUAUCAGAUAUGCGAAUCACUUUAACAGUGAUGUUGGUUCAUUUAUCUAUCAGAAUAUCAGACAUGUGAAU